CUGCAAGUUUCGCGGCGCAAGGUGUAAGCAUGGGCUUGUCGGACCUGGACACUAUACCCGAAACGGGCGCGGUAUUUACGAUUGGACGCAGCCGUUUUGCGGACAACGUCGCAUCGCACUUUUUCAUUCGAAAAGAUCCUGUGGUGUCCAUCACGUGUGGCGACGAACAUUCUGCUGUCAUUUGCCAGACUGGCAGGCUAUUCGUCUUCGGAAGCAACGAUUGGGGUCAACUGGGUCUUGGUCAUAAGAAUCACAUUAGCAAACCAUCUUGCGUGAAAAGUCUGAAGCCGCAAAAGGUCACACACGUCGCGUGUGGUCGAGCACACACUCUGAUUUGUACAGGCGCACAGAAGAUUUACACCUGCGGCAGCGACCAAGAAGGACAGCUCGGUCGAGGAACUUCCGCGAUAGGCGAUUACGCCAGCUCUCCCGUGUUGGUGUACGAUUCGGGAUUAGCUGGAGCAAAAAUAGUUCAAGUGGCAGCUGGUUCUUAUCAUUCGCUUGCCCUAACCGACGACGGCGGAGUCUUCGCGUGGGGUAGCAACCUCGAGGGCCAAUUGGGACUUCCCGAUGUGUCAGGUUUGGUGAACAAACCGACGAAAGUACACAUUCCCGAACCUGUCAAGCAAAUCAGCGCUGGUUAUUACCAUUCUGCUUUUCUGACAGAAAGCGGCCUGGUUUACGUCUGCGGCGAGUCGGAAAGUGGAAAAUUGGGAAUCGAUGCGAAAUUUUCUACCCAGGUCGCGCCGAAACAGAUGCAAUUACCUUGUCCCGCUGCGUACGUGGCAUGCGGUGGCCAUCAUACUAUCGUUUUAGCUGGGAAUGGAAACGUGUACUGCACUGGAAAUAACUCGAACGGUCAGCUUGGACUUGGUGCGACUGUCACGGAGCUUUAUACACCAAAACUUCUUCCACGUGGCGCGCUGCAGGAUGAAACGAUUACUCGAGUCGCCUGCGGAGAGAGCCACACCGCCAUUGUCACUGAAUCUGGGAAACUUUUCACGUGUGGCGAUGGAAGACACGGAAAAUUGGGCUUGGAGGAAAACGAGAACAACGUUCACGAAUUAACUUUCGCUCCGAGAUACAAGGAACUCAUUGUCUCGAACGUCGCUUGUGGAGGCUGCCAUACAAUUUUGGUCGCUCAGAGACGCGAAACGAAUAAUUCGACGCAGCGAGAUAUGGACGCUGCUCUAACGGAGCAUAUCCACAAGAGAAAUUCCCUGCCACCCUUAAAAAUUCCUGUGAGUAGGCUGCAAAGUAAAGUCCACGACGAGAAGAUGAACGAGCCAAUCAAGGAGCAAUUGAACGGUGAAAAGAUCGCUGAAGAAACGUCGAUCGCUUCGGCGACGAUAGAAACAACCUUGGAAAGAGUCCAAGAGGAUGCAAAAGAAAAUCGAGAACACGUGAUGAACGGUGAUAUCGAUUUGAUUAACAAUGCCGAGAAAGUCGAUGGUCCCAAAAUGACUCCAGAAGCCACGCGAAAGAAAAUGGCGGAAGUUUCGUCGAAGGAAAUGCCGGAAGAGUCUCGAGAGUCCGAAGCGCAGAAACAGGAAACAGAAAAUGACAACGAAACGCCGAAAAUGGAAGUGGAUGCAGAGAACAACGUCGAAAAGAUAAAAAAGUCCGAAAGUAUGAAUAGCGAAGAAGGCACGAACGAAAACAACAACGAAACAAAGGAGGAAGUAGCGAAAAAUAAUGAGGAAAGUACUCGACGAAUGGAACAAGAGAAGAAUACAGCAGAGACUAAAGAAAACAAGGACGAGAACAAAGAUACAUCGAAAUCGAUGGAGAAAGAAAUGGAAUCGACCGAAAAUGUCAAGAAAGAGGCGAGUCCAGAGAAACAGGCGUCUAAUUCCGGCUCCACGCCCCCGCCAAAGCCACCGAGAUUAAAGCCCGGAAGUGGGAACAAUUCGUCUACGGAGAGAUCGUCAUCGAUGGAACAGGAAGACGAAAAUGUCGAUGCAAAUGCGACGAAACAAGAAAUCGAAGCUAAAACCGUAGAAACGACCGAUGGCAUCGAGUCAACGCAGAAACGCGAAUCAAGUUCAAGAAAGUCCUCUACGAAAACCGGAAGUUCUAGGUCGACCAGCUCGAGAGUGAACACCGAGGAGACGAUAGAAAUCGACAAGCAGAAUGACAAGGAGAUGAUCAUAGAAGAGGAAAAAAUGAAUGACAAUACGCAGGACGACGCUGACGUUGUGCAGUCACCGGCGCCGAGAACUGGAAAAAUGUCGAAGAUGUUCAAGACGAAACGGCAACAAGUGGAGAACGGCACGAAGACGACUGGUACCGUGAAUCAUAAAUCCAAGUCGAAAACGUGCAACAUCCUGUGAUCGAUAAAUACCCGAAGAUAUAUACUUGGUUACAUUUUUUUACAAUUUGUUCGCGAGAAUUGUGUAAUCGGGACCAAACCAUCCAAAAGCGAUUUUAUUUACAAACGUGAAUAAUCUUUCUUUCCAUUACGACAUUCAUACCUUAUCAUAUCAAGAUUGCAUUGUAAUUAACGAGUUCUGUUUUCCACGAAAUAUAUUCAGUCGACGAGAGACAGGCCAUCCUUGCGCGAUAAACAAUUCUCUACACGUAAAGCGUUAAUUCAAAUGUACUUGUAAAUACGAAAUAAAUUGUACGACAAGGUAAAGGGGUGCCACGUAA